UAUCAUACGGGCGCACAUUUGUUACUCUGAGAACACCGCUGGGGCGAAGUUGGACCCGAAUUGGAAAAGACACCCGUGUGAGCUCUACCAUUGCCGCACGACUCUUUCAAAAUAUCAAAGAAUGAUGUUAGUAAUUACAAUGGUGGUGGCAUUGGUGGCCUUCACCGCAGCCAAGCAGCCAUCGCCACUCGUGACGCUUAAGCAGGGCACCAUCCUGGGAUCACGAGAAAAGGCCAUAAACGACCGAGUGUACUACGCCUUCAAAACCAUUCCUUACGCCAAACCACCCAUCGGACCCCUCAGACUCAAGGAUCCAGAGCCAGCCCCUGCAUGGAGCGGCGUCAGGAACGGCUCACUCCCCUUACCGAAGUGUCCACAGUCUUUCAUCUUUCUCAUGUCUCAGUACUCUGUCACAGGGCAAGAGGACUGUCUCUACCUCAACGUCUACACACCAAGGCCAUACAAGUCGAACCUGCCCGUCAUGGUGUUCAUUCAUGGCGGUGCAUUCGUAUUCGGAUCGGCCAUGGGUUCUGUUACUCCAAUGCUGCCAUCACCGUUGAUGCAGAAAGACGUAGUGAUGGUCGCCAUGAACUAUCGCCUGGGUGCUCUUGGUUUCCUCUCGACGGGAGACAAUGUUUUGCCGGGUAAUUUGGGCCUAAAGGACCAGACUCUGGCCCUCCAGUGGGUGCAGGACAAUAUUAAUGACCUCGGCGGUGAUCCUAACCAAGUCACCAUAUUUGGUGUCAGUGCUGGAGGCAUCUCUUCGCACCUGCACAUCCUCUCCCCGAGCUCAGCGGGGCUGUUCCAGAGAGCCAUCCUGCAGUCAGGCACAGCACUAUUCACAGGAGUUUUCGUUCCCGCUCGGAAGGGCGCCAUCAGCAUCAGCAAGGCACUCAACUGUACCGGCGAGAAGAGCCGCCAACUCUUCGCGUGUUUCAUGAAUGCAUCUGUCGAGGACUUGGUACAUGCCCAGAGCAGCUUAACUGAAUGGUACGAUCUUCCCAUGACUGUGAGUGUGCAAGUGGACGGAACCUUCUUGCCUGACUACCCGGCGGUCCUACUCAAAUCCGGGCGGUACAAUAAGGUGGACGUGAUGAUCGGGUGGACGAGGGACGACGGUAGCGUUAUUACAGCAGGUCUCUUCACCAAGAAAAGGGAACAAGCCUUGUCGCAAGUAAAUAAAAUAAUCGAAAAAGUAGGGCCACUGUUGCUCUCGCUAACGGAGGAGGAGGAUCCCGUCUAUCUGGCACGGCGAAUUUGGUUUCAGUAUACAAGCGGCGCCAACUUGACGCUGGACAACGAGGCUGACUUCACAAAUCUUCUGACGGACUUUGCUUACGGGAUUCCUGCCAUGCAAUCAGCUGAGAUCCACACUAAAACACCCGACAAGAAGAUCUUCCUAUACAGACUUGACCACUGUCUUGAGAAGUCGUACUUUCACGUCCUAACAAACACUUCCAUCAAAAGGAAAAUGGCGUCGCACGGGGACGACAUGAUGUAUCUCACACAAGCCUCCCCACACCUGGUUCCAAUGCAACGCCGAAUGGACCUCCACAUGCAACAUAUUAUCGUGACUCUUUGGACCAACUUUGCAUCUACGGGCAACCCGACUAUCAAUGGCACUCUGGGUUUUAGAUGGACUCCAGUGACACCCACGAGACCUCUCAGCUAUUUGUCUCUUACCACCUCCCCUAACAUGCAGCAAGUGAAUAGAGUGAGCCAAGAUUUCUGGAACUCCCUGCCCACCAAGAACACCAAGAUUCUCUACCCCGAGCGUUUCCUUCAAUCUACUGACGACAACGAGGCGUCCCUGUCCUGUGAACAGAGCUACCCUUCGGAACUUCCUGCAUUAGACUCGUGCAGUAGGAAUGAGUUAUAGAUGAGUUACAGAUCAUAUAAUCUCUCUCUGUAAUAUUCACAUUGUUGCUUUCUCUAAUGUUAAUUCUUUUUCUUUAGUUUUUACAAAACAAAAAGUAAAUAAAGACCGGCUAAUCCUAAAGCUUAUGUGUUAAGAGUCUCAUUAUCUAGAAUGAAUUUGAGCUGAAA